AUGGAUAUUUUUAAUAAACCUUACUACAAAACAACCAAAGAUUUCACUACUUUGAUUGGUCGGUGGCCGUACAUGCCUCGGAUGCGAAGUUUAAUGAUAAUUACCCUCUUAUGGACUGUACUUCUCCUGCAAGCUAUUCCACAAAUUAUUGCCAUGGUCAUGCACUCUAAUGACCGAGAAGUAGUGUUAGAAGCUCUGUCGGCAUUUGCUGUAGAUUGUCUGCUUGCCGCUAAAUAUUUGAACGCGAGUUAUCAUGCAGAAUUGAUCAGAAAUUUAUUCGAUAGAGUACAGAGGGAUUGGAAGUUACUGAUUAAUGAUGAAGAGAAACGUAUUUUACAAUAUCAUUCAGAAAUAGGAAAGUUAUUGGUAACUGGGUACACAGCAUUUUUAUCCGCAUCGGCAACGAUAUUCAUAAUGGAACCAAUUGUACCAAGGUUAUACAGCUUUUUUUCAAAAUCCAAUGCAUCUGUUCCACUUCGAUUUGCCCUUCCGUUAGAAUACGUAAUAUUCGAAAAAGAAAAUUACUACUGGCUGAUGCUGGCCAUCUCUAAUACGUUUGUUGCUAUAAUAAUAUUUGGUUUUAUUUCAUGCGAUCUUAUUUUCAUCACAUUACUGCAGCAUAUUUGCGGGCAAUUCGCUGUUUUGGG